UGCAUUCCAUUCGAUGCCCUCGGAUAUUAUGCUCUACGCCGGCAAACACAUGAGUAAAUAUGGUGAAUUCGAUGCCCAUUUCAGUUAAAUCAAAUCAAAAGAUAAAAUCACAAAAUUAAAAAUAAAUUAUUAUUAUUAUUAUUAUUGCUCUUCUCUUUCCGCCUCUUCUCCGAUCAGAGAAAAUUCCAAGAUUUGAUUCCUCAUUCAAUUCUCCACCACGACGUCGUUUCCACGUGCUCACCCAAAAUCCUCAGAUUCGCUGAUGUAAUAACCCUCGCAAACUGCCCCAUUAAUUUAUCGUGAUUUCUUGUUUCCUUUUUUAGUUUUAACACUUUUUUGAGAUUGAAAGAGAAGAAUCUUAUGGAUUCGGAUGAAUUUCGGGCGAUUUUAUCGAGAUCGGGAGUUGGAAUUUGGGCGCUGAUUGAUGCGGCGAUCGGAUUCGCCAGCUCCGACUACGGCGAUGAGCUGCGCAGCCGGAGAGACGGGAUCGUCGAGUCUCUUUACGCACCCGCGGGGCUGCUGUGCCGGAACUGCGGCGGCGGCACUAACGAUUGUGGAGACGCCGAUCAGGAUCAUCGGUUUUGCAAUCGGAGUACCAAAAUUGAAUACAGCAGCGAUGAUGUUGACCAUAAGGAUAAUAACUUCGAUAGCAAUAAGAAGAGCAGCGUUGAUGAUGAUAGGAAUUUGAAUGCGGAUUUUGGUAAGACUGCGUUGACUCCGGAGUCAAACCAUCUGAAUCUCAGCGGUGGGAACGACGAAGGCGAUGCCGAUCCGUACGCUGGGUUGUUUGAUGAUGAUGAACAGACCACAAUUUUCAGCAUCAAAGAGCAGCUCGAGGAUCCACAUCAGAGUGAAGAAGCUGUGGUGGAGUUGCUUCAGACUCUUGAAGAUAUGGAUAUCACGUUCCAAGCUCUCGAGGAUACCGAUAUAGGAAGACAUGUGAAUCGACUGAGGAAGCAUUCGUCCAGUGAAGUUCGUAGAUUGGUGAAGCAGCUUAUCAGAAAAUGGAAGGAAACUGUAGACGAAUGGGUUAAGGUGAACCAGCCACAAGCAACUACUGCAAACCUUAUUGCUGAUGUGGACUCACCUCAGCAGAACAUACCCAAAAAUCAGCAAAAUGGCCAUCACCAGGUCCCGGAUUUUGGAUACUCCCCAAAUCCGCGGAAUGGGGCUCCUACUCCAGAAAGGAAUUAUGUGGAAUAUGAGUCAAAACCUAAACCAUCUCCAUCUGCAGCCGCUCGAAGAGAAACUCCAUCGAGGCCACCACAAUCAGCAUCUAAAUCAUCCUCUGCUCCGCCUCCCAAUAGAGCACAAAGGGAAACUGUAGUGGAUGACGAGAAGUUGAACUCGGCAAGAAGGCGGCUUCAAGAGAACUACCAAGAAGCUCAGAAUGGUCUGAUUUCACAAUUUGGAAUCUAUAGUAGUAGUACCACUUGCUUUUAUACUUAUCAGCUUUUGUUUUUCUGUGGGGCAUUUUCACUCGGGAAGCCAAAAAGCAACGAACGAUACAAAUGAUGGAUAUUCAUGAGAUUCCCAAACCAAAGAACACCUUCUUUGCCAAGAACAAGGGUGGCUUUCAAGGGAGGCAUCAUCGAUGAUAUGUUUGUUGUUUUGUCAUUCUUCUUCUUCUUCUUCUUCUUGUACCAUAAAAAUGGGAUGCAAUUUAUCCAAGGGGUUUCCAAGGAAACAUUGGGUUGGCCUCGUGUUACAUUUCGUGUUUAUUAAGUUAUAUAUGAACUGUUGUUUUUGGAGCUUAUAAUAGUCGAACAAUUCUCUCUUA